CGCCAUGGCGACGCGGGACGCGUCCCGGCCCGGCCAUGGCGUCCUACCGGCUCGGGGUCCGCGUGGGGAACUGGCUGGAGGAGGAACUGGCGGAGGAGGAGCGCCUGAGGGAUUUUAUCCGUAAGAGAGAACAAGGACAACUUUUAGGACAGAGAUUGGCCAGACUUCAAGAGAGUGUUUUCAAGAAGGUAGAGCUGUCAUUAUCUUCUGAUGGAUUUGUUCACUUUGGAGACACUGUGUUGCUUAUGAACCCAGACAACAAAUCCUCGAAGGAGAGGGAGCCCGAAAUCUCUGGUGAUGUGACUCUGGCUGUUGACAUGGAAGAAGUAUCCCUGUACUCGGAUGAACCCCUGCAGAUCUCACGUGGACUUAGUGCAGUCAAGAGCGUGGACCCUAUGGGUCGAAAUGCUUUCUGUAUUGUAAGUGUUGAUGGAAGUGCAGUGGGUGAACCACUUAGAUACGGGCAAAACUUCCUUAUUGGGACAAAAGGAGGGGUUUCUGACAAAAUGUUCUAUCUGGCAAGUGACCACAAAACAUUUCGAGAAUUUGCUAAAAAAUCUCGCCUUCAGAAAGUCUUUUUGACAGCUGAGCUUUCCUAUUUGACUUUCUGGCAAGCUAAGGCCUUGGAUCCACAGCUGCGUCUUGAAUAUGAGGGAUGUCCAGUUCCUACAGAAACUAAAAUUAUUAUUACUCAUUGCUAUACCAAUCGCAACCUAGCCAUUCCAAGGACCUUCUGUGUGUGGUCUUAUUUUGGAAGAGAAUUUGAAGUAAUUUGUCACAAUUAUCUGGACUCCCACAAAGCUGAAGACGAUCAGAACCACUGGGAGAUAGUUACAGGAAAUCCUGGUCCUGAAGAUGGUACAAUGCUUGAGAGACCCGAAGCUCUCCCAGAAGGGUACAAGAAUGAAUGAGUUUCAUGAAAAGACAGAGAAUAUAAAAGCACAAGACUACAGCCAGUAGAGGUUGAUGAGACUCUGAUUCUUGUUUCUUUCUGUUUAGAUUUUAGUUUGAGUGAUGUUUGUUUUAAAAAUGGAAUUGAAAGUCUGCCAUUAGCAAUAAUUGCAUAUAGAUUUUCAUUGAAUUGCUGGCUCUUGGAGUAUAUUUAACCAGUUCUUCCAAAGGCAAACCAGUGUCACAAUUUUUAAAAAGGUCAGUGGACAGUUUCCAAAACACUGAAAACCAAGCACAUGCAAAUUUAUCAUGGGAUAUUUUGACAUUUAAAGUUCAUCUGAAAGAAAGCUGGUUGUUGAGCUUAUUCCACCCUCCAUCUAGCACAACAUUGCCAAUUAUUAAAUCACAAAUGAGAUUUUUUUAUCUUGAAAUAGUCUUCUAAUUCAUGGAUAUAAAUUGAGCUUUUUAUGUUUGUCCACAUAUUCUAAACACUUAAAUAUCAAGUAACCAAGAACUUGAACACAGUGAUGCACACUAGAUACUUACAACAGCCUUUUCCAUGCAUCACCAUGUUCCAUUUACCUCUCACCCACAGCAUUUUCCAAUACAUGGUCAUUUCUAACAAGUUUGAGAGUAAGGUAAAAUUGUGAAAGAAAAUUAGGCACCCACAAGUUGCAUGACAGUAAAUGCCAAACAGAAAAUAAAUAUGAGAUGCUGUAAGUUUAUCCCAGUAAGAAAAAGAUUGGAGUCUAUGUUCUUACCUAAUUAAACAACAGAAAAUCCACAUGAAAUUAAACAAAAAAAAGGCCUUUGAAGGGUAAAGAUUUCAGCCAAAACUCACAUAUUCUUAAAAAACAAAAUCAACCAAGCAUAAAAUGCAAAGACUUGGAAAACAGAUAUCAUUACUUCAUAGAUUUACCUUUCUUUAUAUGGAAGCUGAAAAAGCAUCACAGAGAAUCUUUUAAUGUAUGACAUUCCAUUAUAUCCAUUGAGUUAAAUGUAUAUUUAUUUCAUCUCUUACUGUACCACAAGAACAGGCUCUUUCUGCACAAAGGAAGUGAAUACCCGAGUAAAAUACUACAUAGAUCUCCAUUCAUAAAAGAUUCCAAAGAUCUUCAAUGAUUUUAAUAAAGUCAAUUAAAACUUUCUAAGUUUUCCCAAAACAAACCCACUAAACUUUCACAAAAGAAGGGAUCUUUAAGCUCUAUUCCCAAAUAGUCUGUUUGAAGCCCACAGGCAAGGCUUACAAAGUUCUUGCCUUUAUUCAAUAUAAGUUAAAUCAGCAGACUGCAGCAUCAGCUAACUGGCACUUGGCAUACAGGAUCUCAGAGCAGCAGACAGCUCAUGGUGCUGUGACAUGCAGGUUUGCUUUGAGGGCGUGCACUGCAGAGGACAGCUUUUGAAUCACACUCCUUGUGUGCAAAGAUUUACAGAUCUGUUAUAGAUGGGCUGUUAUACAGGAAAUGAUCUAUUAUAGAUGGGCUGUUAUACAGGAAAUGAUCUUUAGGAACCUUUUCUUUUGCUUUUCCUUUCAUUUUCUGUGUAAGGAUUUGUGACAUGAUGUGUGAUGUGUUUGUAGAGGGUCUGUUAAUACUUCAACAUUCAGAGGUUAAAAUUUGCACAUUUUCACAAUGGAUUGACAUGAGUCUACUUAUAUUUUGUAGAUAUUAAACUGGUGAAACUUAAACUGCAUGAAUGCACUGCAGUGUUUCUAACUUGGCCAUUGUGGACUUCUGCUGGUGUUAGAUGCAGCUAUUUCGACUCUAAGUCUCUUUCCUCUGGGUCAAAUGUAGGAAACAAGAAGAGGCUUUAAACCAAAACCAUUUCUGAAACAAAGCUUCGUGUGAACUCAUGCAGGACUGAGAGCUGUGUGGGCAGAGUGCCUGGGCUGGCUGAUGUUUUGGGUAGGAGUGUUUGUGUGUGCGUUUUUGUGGAAGGAAAGCAAUGCAGGCUGUACAAAAACAAGUUUUGUAAAGAUUUAGAAGAAAAACAAAGAGAUAAACAGAUACAGAAAUGAGUACAAAAGCAGGUAAUGUUGGAAUUGGGGGCUGAUUAAAAGUGGCUUGGAGACUUGUGUGUUUUCAUCACUUUGUGCUUGUUGGAAAGGACUUCUUGAGCUGAAAAUAAACAGGAUUGAAUCAAUAUUCCUGAUUCCAUUCGCACUGUUACCCCCACAGAUUUGUGCAUAUAUAAUAGAUAUUUAUAAUUCAUCUAAUUCACGAUAACAAAUACAGAUACUUACCUGUUUCCCAAUUUUUCUUUUAAAAGCCGUUUUGCUUUUUUGCACUUCUUAAUAUCGGCCACCCGAUGGCGGCACAUCUUUCUAAACAGCAGAAUUAUUGCUCCAUCUGUGAAGCAACCUGAAACGUGUAAAUCCAAGUGAGUCCCUAAUACAAUGCCACAGAAGGAAAACAAGUGAAAACAGACUUGAAUUCUGGGCUACGGUAUGUCAUUAAUGUUAAAUCAUGUUUUUGGAAAAUAAAGUUAAGCACAAAGGUAGACAGAGCAACGUAGGACAUUGUGAAUUGGGUACAAUCAACUUCUUUCAAUUAAUUGGAACAUUAAGUAAUUUGUAACCAAAGCAUACUUAGAGGAAACUGGGAGCUUUUCCUUCACUUUCUAUGUAAAGAUAUGAAACUUGAUGUGUGCUGACCAAUGCAUAUUUUUAUAGGGGCACUGUUGUUGCUUACUCCAAUUUACAGAAAUAAAAAUUAUGUACAUUUUCACAACA